GCCAAGUUACUUCAACAGAUUGUUGAUAAGUCUAUCGUUAUGGCCUCUAGUAAACGUCCCUUCUCUGAGGAGGACUUCACGUGCCCUGUGUGUUGUGAUGUCUUUAAGGAGCCCGUGCUCCUGUUGUGUGGUCACAGCGCGUGCACCAGUUGUGUUAACCGGUACUGGGACACCAAAGGACAUAGAGAGUGUCCUCUUUGCAGGAAACGAUCCAAUAGAAACCCUCCUAUCAACCUGGCUCUGAAGAACCUGUGUCAGACCUUCCUGGAGGUCCGAGGAGAUCCCGAGACGCUCUGCGACAUCCACAGAGAGAAGCUGAAACUCUACUGUGUGAAUGACAGACAUGCAGCGUGUUUAAUCUGCAGAGAAUCUAGAAAACACUCACAACACUGCUUCAUCCCUGUCGACGAAGCAGCUUCUGAACUAAAGGAUGUUCUUAUGAGAUCACUGGAUACCUUGAAAAUGAAAAUGAAGAUCCUCCAAGAUGCCCAGUUUCACUGUCACCAAAAUGUAGCUCACAUAAAGCAACAAGCAGAAUACAUAAAGAAUCAGAUAAAGGAGGAGUUUAAAAAACUUCGAGAGUUUCUGCAAAAGGAGAAUAGAACCAUGAUGAAUCAGCUGAAAAAGGAUGAGCAGCAGAAGACACAAAGCCUGGAAAGCAAAAUAAAACGAAUGGAUGAAGAGAUAAACUCGCUCUCAGACACGAUUAAUGACAUAAGAAAAGAGCUUGAAUCGGAAGACAUCAAAUUCGUGAAGAAGUUUGACAAGACUUUGGCAAAAGCUCAGUACAAAGAUUUUGAUCCAAAUGUGGCCUCUGGUGAAGUUAUUGACGUCGCAAUGUACGUGGGAAAUCUACGGUUCAAACUCUGGAACAAUAUGCAGAGCAUCAUUAAAUACACUCCUGUGGUUUUGGAUCCAAACACAGCUCACUCGCAGCUCAUCCUGUCUGCAGAUCUGACCAGCGUGAGAGACAGUGAUGACGACCGUGAAGACAAGGCUGACAAACUCAGACCACCAGUUUUGGACACUCCUAAGAGAUUUAGGAGUUUGUGUGUGCUGGGUUCUGAGGGCUUCUCUGCAGGACUGCACUGUUGGGAUGUUGAUGUGAGAAACAACACCUUCUGGAUGCUCGGUGUGACCACAGAGUCUGUGCAGAGAAGAAAUCCCAAUGUUUUUCCCAGUGGAGCUUGUGGCAUUGGGUAUGAUGGUCAAAAGCUGUCUGCUUGGUCUCCUUGGGGUGUGUACACUCCUCUUACUUUCUCUGCCAAACCACGGAUGAUCAGAAUCCGUCUGGAUAUGGAUUUAUCAGAGGUGUGGUUCUUAGAUACUGCUAGCAAAACCGUUAUCCACAUGUUUACGCACCACUUCGCUGAGAAAGUCUUUCCAUUCUUCCACAGCAUGUGCAGCCUAUCUCCUCUGAAAAUCAUGCCUCUCGAGCCUUUUGUAGUGCUGGGGGACGUCCCCAAAAAAUGCCACACACAUUUCCAACUAUAAUCCAUAAUUAACGUUAUGUAUUUAUUCUGUUUUAGCAACUUGAAGAACAACAGAAUUAGUUCAGAGUACAGUCUGAAAUAUAUAGGCUGAUGUAGCAAGUACAAUGAAGCAUCAAUCCAGUUUUGUUUUGCUUUCUAUAUCUUUCAUGGCUAGAGGCAAAUCUGAUAAAGGUGUAUAACAGGACAUAAUGCGUCAACUGUUUGUUCAGAUUAAGACAUAAUGCUGGUACACUUUAAAAUGUUGAUCUUCUACUGUACAUCUUGGGUUCGAAUAGUUUUUCUUUUAACAGUUUGUGUUAUUAGUCAUAACUCUAACUCAGGUGACCGGCUCUUUCACUUUUCACCCUGGUUUUCCCCCAAUCUUUUGUCGAGAUUCUUAGUGACAAAUGUAGAAUACUAUGCCAAUGUUUUUUUUUCCGUUCUGAUGGGAUGAUUUGUUGAAAUGGCUUAGCACUUUCUGGUAAAUUGACAUUAUACAUGACAAUAAUUAUCAUGGAGCUAUUAUACAGAUAAAUACAGUGAUGUUUUAUUGAAACAAAAAUAAGACAAGGGUAUUGCACUAAUCCACCUCCUAAAUAGAAGCCUAUAUAGGUUUUAUUGCUAUUGAUUUAACUGAAUUAUUAUUCCUCCAAUACAUAUCUAUUUUUUUAAUCACGUCUUUCAAAAUUGCACUGAAGUAUUAAGCCAUCUAUGAAUUGGAUUUGUACCUGGAAUCUAAGUGAUUAUAAAAGAGUCAAAUGUAAAAAUGUAGCAUAGCCUGUACAUAUAUUCUUGACUUACAUUUAUCUCUGUACUGUAUGCCUGAGGACUGCACUUACGCACUUAUUCAUUCUUGCAUUUAAUUUGAUUUAGGUUUAUGAUUUUAUUCAUUUAAACAUUUAAUGUCCUUUGGUUUUAUAUAGUGUUCAAUAUCAGUUAUGGUUCCUGUUGGGAUGGUUGUUGUUGCAGCACGGACUGUAUUAAGUGGUGACACCAGUCGUUUCAUGUUGUUUGCAUGUGAGAGUACAGACCGGGUUUUGUUGUGUUCAAUAAAGCUAAGUGUACGCAACUAUA